ACGUCCCGAUUUCUGCUCAGUGCGCAUAUCUUUAUUUAAUAUGAAGAGUGAAAUAAGAAAUUAGUUUUACAAAAAUUAUUACAAAUUAUUUCAGUAUUCCCGUACAAAAUGCUACAAUCCGCUGUUCAAUAGAUGGCAGCAUUUUAAUAGAAAUAAAUUUAAUAAGUGCCUCCGCCAUAACGAUACCGGACUUGAACGAUUUGGUUACGAUCGCGAGUAACACGUGGACAUCCGAUUUUUGUUAAAAAAACGUGUUUAAUUGUUCAUAUUUUUUGCCAAAAUUUGGCAGAAACGUGCAGUAUAAAACUUGAAGUGCAGAGUGUUAUUUUUUUUCAAGUUUUACUUUCUAUUUGCAGAAAAAAUAGUUGAUAAAUAUGCCCCGAACAAAUAAAAAAACUACAUUUACAAAGAAAAAAGAAAAAACGGAGACAGUGAAGAGGGAAAAAUGUAAAAAUAAAUACUUACGAUUUACCGAAAACGAUUUAAUUAAUGCAUUACAAGCUGUAAAGAAUGGAAUGCCCAUAAGAGUUGCGAGUAAGCAGUUCAAAGUGCCUUACUCUACAGUCAGAGCUAAACACAAGGGCAUAUAUGUUAUUGGAAAGAGAAUAAUCCAACAAUUUUAAGUAAAGAGGAAGAAAGUAUGCUUGUGGAUUGGAUCCUUUCAAUUGCUAACAAAGGUUUUCCUUUCACUAAAGAUGUCUUGUUGGAUAGUGUACAACUGUUAAUAAAAAAAAUGAAUAGACAGAAUCCAUUCACUAAUGGAAGGCCAGGCAGGCAUUGGUUUGAAGCCUUUAUGAAACGCCACCCCCAGCUUUCAUUAAGAACACCCCAGAAUUUAUGUGAAAGACGUGGUCAGGUGUCUGAGGGAAAAAUACGGGAGUGGUUUAAACAAAUUGAAGAUUAUCUUAAAUCAAACAAUCUGCUUGAUAUUGACUCAUCUAGGAUUUUUAAUUGUGAUGAAUCAGCUUUUUUUUUAAACCCAAAAGGCAAUAAAGUUAUCACAAAUAAAAAAUCUAAAGGGAUUUAUAAUUUAGUUGAUGCAAAUGAUAAGGAGUGUAUAACAACAUUGAUUACAGGUAAUGCAGCAGGUGAGCUAUUACCACCAAUGAUUAUGUUUUCAUACCAAAGGCUACCAUCAAGCAUCAUUGAUAAAGUGCCUCCAGAUUGGAGUGUAGGAAAAUUUGACAAUGGCUGGAUGACUGGAGAGUCAUUUUAUGAAUACAUGACCAAUGUAUUCUACCCAUGGUGCAUUAAAAAAGAAAUUAAAUUUCCUAUAAUCAUGUACCUAGAUGGACACUCAUCACAUGCUACAAUGGCACUAAGUGACUUUUGUGUAGAACAUGAAAUAGAAAUUAUUUCAUUAUAUCCUAAUUCCACCCACAUUACCCAACCAAUGGAUGUUGCGUUAUUCCGUCCAUUGAAGGAAGCCUGGAAAAAAGCCGUCACAGACUGGAGAAUGCAAAAUGGUGGCAAAGCUGUAAAAAAACAAAACUUUGCACCUGUUCUACAAACUGCUUUGCAUUCUCUUAAUGUUAAAAAUAUUCUAACACAGGGCUUUAUUGCUUGUGGACUUGCACCGCUUUCUGCAGAUGCUGUCAACUAUGAAAAAUUAUUGAAUCACGAUCAACUCUUGCAGCAGAAAAAUCUUACAAAUAUGAACAGUUCCACAAGCUCCCACAAUAACUAUGAAUGCACUUUAACAUUUAUAGAAGAUUACAUAGAUGAUAAAACAGUGCAACUUUUUAAAGUAGCUGAAGGCAGAGAUGGAAAAUGGUAUGGAGAAGAAAAAUAUGAAGUACUAUUUUCAAUCUGGCUGGAAUGCAGAAAACUUAUGUUAAAUAAGAGUGCGGGAAUGAUAGAGAAGAGAAGCAUUGAAACGUCUUCGGUACUAACUGUUUAA